AUGAACCGAACCGUGUGGAGGUUGCUUGCGGCCUCCCUUGCCUCCUUGGCAUUUCCGCACGCCGGCGCGGAGGCCAGCCGGGGUACCUGCCAGUGCGACGGCAUCCUCGACUGGAACGACCCCAGCUUCGGCAAGUGCGACUGGUGGGGUGAUGUCCACAUCACCAAGAGCUGGCGAUCUCCCGACGUCUUCGACUUCCAAGGCUAUGGCGUCUACAGCUACGCCUCCACCACCAAGUGCGGCGGAGACUUCGAGAUGCAGCUCUUCCAGUGCCCGUACAGCAGGAAUGGCAACGCCGUGGCCAUCGGGGUUGCGGUGAAGGUGAACAACGGGGACGUGGUUGUUGUUGCCAACGACACGGUGUUCAAUCCCAACGAUGCCGACGUCUCGGCAGACACGAUGGAGGACCUCAAGAAGGGAGUCAGCAUCGUCAGCGACGACAAGUGCGUUCGCCUCAACGUGAACACCAAGCUCUAUCGCAGGGCCCCAACCCUCCUGCACAACGGGAACUUGCGAGUGAUCCAGGAGGCGCUCACCAACGAGGGAAUCUGCGGAGCUCCGACUUUCGGCGGGGAGUUUGUGGCGCCUGAUGGGCCAGACAUGCUCUUCCCCGAGGAAAUGUUCAAGGAGAUGUGCGGCUUCUGCGAAGAUCAGACAGGCGUCUCCGUGCCCGGCUGCACUCCCGCCGGUGGCGGCGACCCAGUCAUAUCGCCGGGCUGCGACUUUUUGCAGUUGAGGCCCAGCAAGGAGUUCGUGGACUGCGCCGGCGACCAGGACCCGGUGCUUGAGGAAGCAAAGGCGGAUGGUGAAAACUGUGUCGCGUAUGUGCGCCUGCAGAAGCAAACAUCAUGCUCUGAGUUUUGCACGGAGAAGGGCUCCACGUGUGAGAUGGCCAUCGACCAGCCGAACGGCCAGAAGUGUGUGGCCUCCGUGUCCAGCUUGAGUGAGAUCGACACAAGCAAGAUCAACUGCGAUGCCAAAGGCUUCCGUGACCUCAUCUGUGUCUGCAAGAAGCCGGAUAACCCAGCACCAGGACCGACGCCAGAGGAGGCAUGCGCCGAGCAAACUGACUUCUCCGUGCAGGAUGCGGCAAACCUGUGCCGAGAGAAGGCGGACUUCCUUCAGGGAGUGGUGUACCCGGGCACCGGGGCAUCGCCAGAUGCCAUCUUAAAAGAAGCCUUUCUGCGGGCGUGCAUCCUCGACGUUUGCUCCGCAGCGCCCGAGGAUCGCGAGGAGGUGGCAGAGAAUGCGGCGGACCAGGAUCCUUCAAAUCCCCCGGUGGAGCCAUCGACCACCACCACAACAACAACUGCCCCAGCUGUUGUGGGAGAUGAGUUGUACGUCUUUGGCUUCACCCCCUACGUUGGCUCUUCCUCUCCUUUCCAGCCGCAGGGAGUGGUGGAAGUGGAGUCGCUCCCCGACGGCACCACCCGCCUCUCCUGGAGCCUCACAGGACUCGACCCGGCCUGCAGCAGCCAGUGCAACCAGGCGAACUGCUGCGGCGUUCACAUCCACGAAGGCAAGAGCUGCAAGAUCCCUGCCGGCGCUCACUUCUGGGACAGCGCCAGCAUCUCGCAGGACCCUUGGCUGUCCGUCAAGUAUGACUCCAGCACCGACCCGGCGAACCUCCUGUCCAAGGAAGUGAAGACAGGGUUGAGCAAUGAAGAUGUCUUGGGCCGCACCUUGGUGAUCCAUGAUGCGACGGGCGCACGCAUCGCUUGUGGCAUCAUUGAGCCGUCCACAACUACGGUCUUCGAGAAGUACCCGAACUACGGUGGAGGUCUGCCAUUGACGGCCGGUGGCGUCAAGGUGGAGUCGGACGACACCACGCAGAAGCUCAGCUGGCUGUUCACGCACGGCCUGGACCCUCAGUGCACUGAGUCCGAGUGCACUGCCGCCAACUGCUGUGGAGUUCACAUCCAUGAGGGCAUGACCUGCUCGGAUGCCGACGCCAUCGGCGGCCACUACUGGAACAAGGAUGCCCAUUCAGAGGAUCCUUGGAAGGACGUGCGCUACGUGAUUCAGGGAUCCAUGCCAUCGGCCGUCAACGACAUCAUGGUCACGACCGGCUACGCGGCCGAGGACAUCAAUGGCCGGGCUGUUGUGGUUCACGACUACGACGGUGCACGCAUUGGCUGUGCCAUCAUCGAGCUGCCCGUGGUCGAGACGCCCGUGGAGGGCGAUGACUUGUAUGUCUUUGACUUCAGCCCGUAUCCUGGCUCCUCAUCUCCAUACCAGCCGCAGGGAGUGGUCGAAGUCAAGUCCACGGAGGAUGACAACACGGUUCUGUCUUGGAGCCUGACAGGACUCGACCCUGGUUGCAGCAGCCCGUGCAGCCAGACGAACUGCUGCGGCAUUCACAUCCACGAAGGCACCAGUUGCGCGGAGGAUGCCGGGCCCCACCACUGGAACGGGCACGACGAGGAUCCCUGGCUGUCGGUCAAGUACGACUCCAGCGAGGACCCGGCCAACGUCCUCUCCAUGGAGGUCCACACACACCUCACUCGCAGCGACGUCUUGGGCCGAACGUUGGUGAUUCACGACAAGACCGGCGCGCGCAUAGCGUGCGGCAUCAUUGAGGAGUCCACGACCACGGUCUUCGAGGAGUAUCCUGACUAUGACGGCGAUUUGCCUUUGACAUCUGGUGGGGUGAAGGUCGAGUCGGACGACACCACGCAGAAGCUCAGCUGGCUGUUCACGCACGGCCUGGACCCUCGGUGCGAUGAGCCCUGCAGUGCCGCCAACUGCUGUGGCGUUCACAUCCACGAGGGCAUGACCUGCUCGGACGCCGACGCCAUCGGCGGCCACUACUGGAACAAGGAUCUCCAUGCAGAGGAUCCUUGGAAGGACGUGCGCUACGUGAUUCAGGGCUCCAUGCCAUCGGCGGUCAACGACAUCAUGGUCACGACCGGCUACGGGGCCGAGGACAUCAAUGGCAGGGCGGUUGUGGUUCACGACUACGACGGUGCACGCAUUGGCUGUGCCAUCAUCGAGCUGCCCGUGGUCGAGACGCCCGUGGAGGGUGAUGACUUGUAUGUCUUUGACUUCAGCCCGUAUCCUGGCUCCUCAUCUCCAUACCAGCCGCAGGGAGUGGUCGAAGUCAAGUCCACGGAGGAUGACAACACGGUUCUGUCUUGGAGCCUGACGGGACUCGACCCUGGUUGCAGCAGCCCGUGCAGCCAGACGAACUGCUGCGGCAUUCACAUCCACGAAGGCACCAGUUGCACGGAGGAUGCCGGGCCCCACCACUGGAACGGGCAUGGCGAGGAUCCCUGGCUGUCGGUCAAGUACGACUCCAGCGAGGACCCGGCCAACGUCCUCUCCAUGGAGGUCCACACACACCUCACUCGCAGCGACGUCUUGGGCCGAACGUUGGUGAUUCACGACAAGACCGGCGCGCGCAUAGCGUGCGGCAUCAUUGAGGAGUCCACGACCACGGUCUUCGAGGAGUAUCCUGGUUAUGACGGCGAUUUGCCUUUGACAUCUGGUGGGGUGAAGGUCGAGUCGGACGACACCACGCAGAAGCUCAGCUGGCUGUUCACGCACGGCCUGGACCCUCGGUGCGAUGAGCCCUGCAGUGCCGCCAACUGCUGUGGCGUUCACAUCCACGAGGGCAUGACCUGCUCGGACGCCGACGCCAUCGGCGGCCACUACUGGAACAAGGAUCUCCAUGCAGAGGAUCCUUGGAAGGACGUGCGCUACGUGAUUCAGGGCUCCAUGCCAUCGGCGGUCAACGACAUCAUGGUCACGACCGGCUACGGGGCCGAGGACAUCAACGGCCGGGCCGUCGUGGUUCACGAUUACGACGGCGCGCGCAUUGGCUGUGCCACCAUCAAGAUCUGUGUGGACAGCAAGUCCACUGUGAAGGGCGCCAUUGAGAAGCUGGAGGAGGCCGUGGAUCAGAUCAAGGAUGCUCUUUCGGACUUGAGUGCAAUGGUGAACAGCAGCGGCAAGGGGGGCCACUCCGGCUACCACUCCUCGCACUACUACGGCACCUACGGCACGGACAAGGAGCCGCCCUACAAGUGCAACAACAUCUGCGCGGACAUUUGCCAGACCCAGCACCCCGAGCCGGCGCACUGCCAGCAUCAGUGCAAGACCCGACAGAAUGCCAUCCUGGACAUCGCCCAGGUCUACUGCAACCAUGGCCUUUGCUCUAAGUCUAACCUCAUCGAGACAGGCGAGGAGGUCGGCCUGCUGCAGAGGCGAACGCAGCGUUCGGAGGAGGAGCUCGAGGCAGAGCUUGAGCUCGGAUUUCAGUGCCGCCAGACCUACAAGUACUGCCAGCUCUUCUGCAAGCGCGGCUUCUUGCUCCCGGUCCAGGAUUCAUUCGACGAAACCAAGAAGUGCAGGGCGGAGUGCGAGGCAAACUUCGAGGCCUUCCAGGCCCCGCUGGAGAAGUACGUGGGCGCAGGCUGCUGCGCUUCGAACUGA